AAAUCAGCUUCAUCAACAGCAAAAUCUUCCUCUCAAAUCACAGUAAAAUACAUCACCACUCAAGUAUAAGUUAUUGUGUGUAAAAUGGCCAACAUUUUCCUACACAAUUGGGGCAACACUUGCAAGGCUAUCCUCUGCCUCUUAUUCCUAACCCCAACCCUUUUUAUUGCAAACUCUGCAAGGAUCCUAGAUGAAGUGGAAUCCCAACCCCAAGCCAUAGGCAUUCUACCAGCACCUGGAGCUGUCAAUCCUUCACUCACAACAGGUCCAGUCACCACCACUUUGCCACCUGGCCAAACACCUGCAACCACCACCACAUCACAGGUUGGCCCUGCCACCACUUCGGCAAGUGGGCAAACACCGGCAGCCGCCAGCACCGUAAACCCUGGUGGUACUACAGAAGACUCUGGAGAUGAAGAUGAUAAUGAAGUAGAGCCACCAGUUCCAGAUAAUGCAGCACCAGUGACACCAAACCCUGUGGCAAAAGAAGCAUCAUUCUCUUUCUUCAUGCAUGACAUCCUUGGAGGGUCACGUCCAUCAGCAAGAGUGGUUGCAGGAAUAGUGGCCAACACUGAUGUGACUGGCCUACCAUUCUCGAAGCUCAACAACAACCUCUUCCCAAUCACUGGAGGAAUCCCACUGGUAAACCCCAAGCUCAACGGCAUCAUCACCAACAACAAUCUCCCAAACCUUGUAGGCCUAAGUGGUGCACAAUCCUCCACUGUCUUCAAGAACAGUGGCACCAGCAACACUGUCACUGGCAGCAACAACCAGCCAUUUGUCUCAGCAGGUAACCUCCCUGCAGGAUUCACCAUCCAGAAGCUCAUGUUCGGGUCCGUGACCGUCAUCGAUGACCAGUUGACAGAAGGGCACGAGCUUGAUUCUGCUGUGAUUGGAAAGGCACAAGGGUUCUACUUGGCAAGUUCAUUGGAUGGUACUAGCCAGACCAUUUUGCUGACAGUUUUGGUGCAUGGUGGUGAACAUGAACAUCAUGAUUUGGUGGAUGACAGUAUCAAUCUCUUUGGGAUUCAUAGGACAGCUUCAUCAGAAUCUGAGGUAGCAGUGAUUGGUGGGACUGGCAAGUAUGAGAAUGCUAGAGGGUAUGCUUCACUUGAGACUCUUCUCAAGGAGGACCAGCACACCACAGAUGGGGUGGACACCAUCCUGCAUUUCAAUGUCUACCUCACUGAGUAGAGAGAUCACCUGUGAUUAUAUUUGGAGUUUCAAUUUCAAUUUGUAUAUGGUUGUUCAAAUUGGUGCUAUAUAUCUCUGUUAAUGCUUUAUCAAGUUUGAAACAAAGUUCAUUAAUGCUGCUUCCUUUUGGUCAUUUUUA